AUGACAGAGUUUCUCAGACGGCUGCCCGCGCCGGCGGCGCAGCAGACUCCUGCGUCUUCGAGUUUGUGUGUCUCCGACCCGAGUGUCGGCUCGUUCGCCUUGAGUGCGGGGACUGUCGUUCCUGCGCGAGUGAAGGUCCGCGAGACAGCCGCUGAGACACGACGCACAGGCAGAGACGCUGUCGGGACGCUUGCGGCGCUCAAGGAGGAGAGACAGUUGUCUCUGAACAGAGACAGAUCUGGACCGCCGCCGUACGGACAGCGAAAGGGAUUUGUCCCUCGCUCAGAAGAAGACUUUGGAGGCGGGGGCGCCUUUCCAGAAAUCCUCGUCGCGCAGUUUCCGCUCGGCAUGGGCAAAAAGAAGAGUGGAGCCGCAGCGGCCUCGACUGUCGCCCUGCAGUUGGGCGCCGACGGAAAGGUUGCAUACGACGUUGUGGUCAGACAGAUGUCUGACAAAAAGGUCGUCUACUGCACACCCGGCUCCGCAGAGGGCGUUGACGCUCUCCGUCCCGUCACCACGACGACCUCCGGAAUCCAAGUUGUGAAGCGAGUCGCGAACGCGAUGCCAAGCCAGGAGGAGGAAGAGAAGGAAAUUGCACGCACGAAGGCUGCAUUGGAGGCUGCGUUGGAGCAGAAACUCGGUGCUAACAAAGUGAAAACGAAGCAAGACAAAAAUGCUGCGGAGUUCUACCGCUACACCCCAGCUCAGCAAGGCACCGGACACAACAGCGGCUGCGCUCAGCGCGUUUUGCGUGUCGAAGACAUGCAACAAGAUCCUUUGAAUCCUCCAAAGUUUCGACACAAACGCGCGCCAGCAGCAGCGGGCAGUCCUCCACCUCCAGUCAUGCACUCCCCGCCCCGGAAACUGACUCAGCAAGACCAAGCAGAGUGGAAGAUUCCCCCGAGCAUUUCGAACUGGAAAAAUCAGAAAGGGUAUACAAUUCCUCUGGACAAGCGUCUCCAGGCCGACGGCCGCAAUCUCCAGGAUGUUUCCAUUAACGACAAAUUCGCGAGUCUGUCGGAGGCUCUGUACAUCGCGGAGCGUCAGGCGCGUGAGGAGAUUCGCCUCAGAAACGAAAUCAAGAAGCAGAAGAAAAUCAAGGAAGAAGAAAUGCGCGAACAACAGCUGCGCCUUCUCGCGGCCCAGGCCAGAGCAGAAAGAUCGAAUCUUCUUCAGCAGAGAAAAGAGGGUCAGGAGGAAGACGAAGAAGCGAGGAAGAAACGUGAGGCGGUUGCGCGAGAGAGGCAGCGUGAAAUUGAGAGAGAAAUGCGUCUGGAAAGAAACAAACGCGGCAGAAACGACGAGGACCGCGACGUGAGCGAACGCGUUGCACUCGGACUGCCGCCCACCAAGAAGGCUGCCGCCGGGGAAGGCGUUUUCGACACACGGUUGUUCAACCAGUCGGCGGGCGUCGACUCCGGAUUCGACGGAGGCAACGACGAGGCGUACAACCUCUAUGACCAGCCUUUGUUUGCGAAUCGCUCGAACAACGCAGCGAUUUAUCAGUUCUCCCGCGAGCGGCUCAUCAACUCUGUCGGACAUACUGGAGACGUCCCGUCUUUUGCUGGGGCAGACAGAAGCACUUUUACUCGGACGGCGCCUGUCGAGUUUGAGAAGGACGUUUCGGAUCCAUUUGGCCUGGACAACUUGCUUUCGGAGGCGAAGAAGAAGUGACGAGUUCCAGAGAGGAAAUCCGCAUGCGUUUCCAUUCGCUUGAGCGUUCCUUCUCUGCCAAGUUCGCGCGGCCUUCCUUCGCUCGCGCCCUCUGGGUGUCACACCGUCCGAUGCUGUCGUCCCCCUCUCAAGAGGACCAGGGUGCCAUGCCAAGGCAAUACCUCCCUCGCUGCCAUCCUGACUUUGCGGUGGCACGUAUACCUUCGAACAUGUAUAUUCCUAGCAGUUGGCUAAGCAGGUAUAUACAUGUCUACACACACACUCUGCCAUAUAUAUAUAUAUAUAUAUAUAUAUAUAUAUAUGCAUCCUUGUGUACGGAUGCGGAUUUAAAUGUGUGCACAGCUGUGUAUGCAGCUGCGCAGAGGGAGAGAAGAAAGGAGAAGUUGAGCACGGUAGGCGCUGUUUUUCUGAGUGCUUCUGGGCAAGUCAAAGACAGUCACUCGCUGCAUAGGUCCAGUUCAUCUUUGUUUAUUCGACCUCUUGUCUGUAAACAGUUUUCUCUGUUGUGCGGUUGAUACAUGCGAUUUCGGCUGUACGGACACCCGGGCUGGAGGCACCUGUGCCGCCGAGUGGCGAGAGAAUACCGGCUCUUCUAGAAAAGCGUCUCCAGCUGCGCAAGUCACACCCUUCUCAAUCGGAAUACUAGGACGGCAUUCAUAGAGAGCAUACGAGGCAAAGCUCCCGAAAGGAAGAAGCAAAAGACACUGAUACAUACAUACACGUAUAUAUAUAUAUAUAUAUAUAGAUAUAUAGAUAUGUAAUUACAUUUAUAUAUAUAUAUAUAUAUAUUGAUGUAUGAACGUAUGAAUAAGAUGAGAGGUAGGGAGGAGAAGAAAAGAUUUUUAUCUACAUCCAUAUCUAUCACGGGCGAGAGAGAUAGGGAGAGCAAACGGUAGAGAGGUAGAUGUGGGGAGAAACGAAAGGCGAGAUAUAGAGGGAGAAAAGGAGAGAGGAGGGAAUCCGAGAGAGACGAAGAAAAGCUGAGUGUGAGAAGAGAACGUCGAAAGAGAAAUUGCAUUUUGUUGGAUGCGGCCAAAACGCCUCAUUUUGGGGAGAACGACGAAAUGCUUUUGACGU